AUGGAUGAUGAAGUCGUUGAUGGUGAAAUGUUCACGCUGGAAGAGGAAACCGAAGACGGUCAUUACGACAUAAAUGACUCUUUAAACUCACUGCCUACCAAUGAGAUACGUAAGGGUGGAUUGGUCGGUGUAUCAUCUGUGAAAUCAAAGAAUGUUGCAGGCAAAGCAGAUCCCAUUUUUGUGAGAGGCCACGCUCCGGAAUUCAAGAGCAGCGUUAUGAAGAAGAAGCCAGUCUCCAUAGGUGUGGGACCGCCUCCUGUGCAUCCGGCCAAGAUCAAGGCAAUGACUCCAGAUACUCUCAAGAGUAAAGAGAAACGUGAAUGGAUGGACACUUUGAUCAAGCUUCGGUCAAGGAUUCAAGCAUUACAACGUGAUGUCUGGAUUUCUACAUCAAGAACAGCUCAUCUAAAGGAGGAGCUGCAGGUCGUUGACUACACUGUUGUUGACGCUAUGGUGGAGGACGAGAAACGUAAAAUGAUUACAAAUAUACGGCGCAUUCGAGACAUGGUGAUUGCCCUGGUUGGGCAUGUGAAACACGUUACAGGUGGAAACACAUAUAUUGAGCAACUCAAGUCUCUAAUGGAAGGAAUCGAAUCAGCUCUACUGGCAUUCAAAGAGGUUCAACGAGACAAAUUCGAGAGAUUGCUGCUAGACGAGAAGCGAUUACAAUCAGAGUUAGCCAGUCAUGAAGAACGAAUCAUGGCUUGGGACACUCAUGAGGAAGCUUCACGUCCAGAUACAAGUCAUGAUGUAUCUGAAAAAUCAGCUAAAUUGGUAUCUAAAAUCAAGGCGUCACUCUUGGAUAGUCAAGGAUCUUUACCUGAAGUUGCAGUCUUUCAGGAAUAUGUGGCCAAACACGGUGGACAUUACGGUGGUUGGGAUGAUUUGACACAUAGCGCUUUUGUCAAGCUGUACAAGAAGCAUCAAAGCAGCAAUCUCAAGAUGGUUGAGGCUGUCAUGUCGAAUAUACCAGGAAUCAGCGUUGAAGUAGCCAUGACACAUCAUCGGUGGUAUUCCAAAUACAUAGAGCUGUUAGAAGCUAGAAAGAUGGCAUUGCAAAGAUGGAAGGAACAGAAAAAUGCAUGUUUGCAGAUCAUCAUAUACGCUCUAAAAGUGAGUCAAGUGCAAGGUAUUGAAUUGAGCACCGAGCACGAUACAAGGAGCUUGGAACGUGAUCGAGAAGAAGAAGCUCGUAUGCGAGAGACUAAGAGGAAAGAGAUUGAGGAAUGGAAGGUCGCACGUCAAAAAAAGCAAGAAGAAGAGGAACGAGAUCGUGACGCUGCUGCAAAACGUGCUGCAGAUGAAGCAGCUAAACAAAAGAAGCAUCAAGAAAAGAUCAAGGUCCUAGUUCUCGAACGAGCUCAUACGAAAAUGCUCGAAGAAGAGCAACGUAAACGAGUAGCAGAAGAAGCCGAAAAGCUGAAAAGGAGUCAGAGCACGUUAACUGAAGAAGAAUUGAAAAGACUACAGUUACGUGAUAAAGAAGUAUUAGCUCGUCGAAAAGAGUUGCAAGAUCGUAAGAAGCGGGAAGAAGAAGAGAAGGAGAAACGAUUGGAUAAGCUCAGAGCAUCAAUUGAGGUCCAUGUUCUACGAGAUCCAGAACGAUUGCUAAGACCAACUGAAGGGUUUCUCAAGAAACAUGAAAAGAAGGAGGAUGAAGGGCCGGAUCUUGGUCAAUCUGUAUUUCAUGGAGUGGCAAUACCUAGAAGGCACGUUCCAAAUUGGAGACAAGGAUUAUGA